GGCAGUCGCUGCUGCAGCUCGCUGUGACCAGCAGUGGGGCUGCAAUGGGUCCCCAUCCCAUCGCCAUGGGGCAGCAGCCCCUCUCCUGUUGCCACCGCUCGGCUCCCACGUGCUCCUGACCCCGAGAUGGGAUCAAAGAGACGUAUCUGGAGAUGAGACCGCGCUCAUUCCUUCUGGCUUUGGAAUUUGCAAGCGCUGUAAACUGGAAUGAAAACGUGAGCGUAAGAAAUGCCCCGAGGAGCAGAGCUGUGACCUCACGCUGAGGUGUGCGGGCAGCUGGGAGGCCUUCAGAGCCCCUCCCUGGGUCGGUUUGGCGCCUGGCUGUUCCUUAUGAACGCUUUCACUGUGCUUGAAGCAAAUGAGGUCAGCGCACACAUCCCGAAGGCUAUGCCCCACUGCCCCACGCAGGCAGCAGCUGCAGCACAGGCCAUGGUGGGAGGCGGAGAGGCUUUCGUGCUCCAUAUCCUGCUCUGCAUUCUGGGCAGAGGUGCUGCCCAAAUCAGGUGCCUGGGGCACGUGAGGAUCGAGCCGGGCUCCGUGGUGCCAAUGGGUUCCAACGUCUCCAUCACCUGUGUCUCGGCGCUGGACUGCCCGUGGGCGAGCCUCUCCAUCCUGCUCAACCUCACAGCCCCCAAGGAUCCCCCACGCCCUCUCAACAGCAGUGCAGCCCAGCUGCAGCUGCGCGGUUUCCGCCUGCCCUUCAGCAUCAUCACCUGCCUCGCCCGCUGCCCCAACAGCUACUGGAACGAGGUGGUCUGCGGGACGGAGCUCUGGGCCGGCUACCCCCCAGGCCCCCCCACCAACCUGAGCUGUGCCAUCCCCGAGCGCUCAGGGAGCCUGGCAUGCACAUGGGACGCCGGGCAGCCAACACUGCUGCACACCAACUACAGCCUCCACAUGCGCAGCAUACAGACGGCACAGGAGGAUGUGUUCCCCACGGGCUCACCAGUGCCCUUGAGUGCUCUGAAUGGCAGCAGUCGCUACCUGGCAUGGGUGCAGGCCAGCAAUGCACUGGGCAUGGCACGCUCAGCCCCUCUGCACCUCGACCUGCAGCAGCUCGUGGUGCCCGCCGUGCCCCUGGCUGAGAGCGCAGAGACGACGGCAGGGUCACCUCCCACCACCACCAUCCGUUGGCGACAGCAGACAGAACUGCAGGACGUGCGCUGCGAGGAGCGGCACAAGGCAGUGGGUGCUGCGGAGUGGCAUGUGACAGCAUGGGACAGUGCAGUGCAGCGUGGACACCAGCUUCAGAGUGCCACCCGCUACGUGUUCCAGGCACGGUGCCGGCUCAGCGCUGCAGGCAGCCCCUGGAGUGCUUGGGGCCUGCCCUUCACCUACAGCACACCCGAGGCUGCCCCCGCGGCAGCACCCGACGUGUGGCGGCGGCUGGGGCGGCUGUUCCCCAACGGCAGCCACGAGGUGACAGUCUUGAUCAAGCCGUCCCGCGAUGCCCGCACGCCCAUCCUGGGCUACGCCGUGUGGGCUGGAGCCUCGCGUCCCCUCUGCAAUACAUCGAGCACCGCCUGCAGCCUCCUCCUGCCUCCGGCACUGCGCGACCUCCGCGUCACCGCCUACAACGCCCGGGGGGCUUCGAGCCCCGCCCGUGUGACGCUCCGCCGGGACCCCAGCCCGGAAGCCUUCCCAUCACCACUGGCUGUGGAUGUGCAGCGUGAGAACCAGAGCACCAUAUCCGUGGCCUGGCAGCUCCCCCGGCACAACGGGACCCCCCCACUCUGGUUCAUAGUGGAGUGGGUUUGUACAGCUCCGUACAGCCAUGAGGAAGAGUUCUUUUGGAAGAAAGUCCCAGGCCAGGACAGCCACACCUACAUCCAAGAGGACGCAGCAGCAGGAAGCCACAUCAACGUGUCGGUGUAUGCAGUCUACCCAAAUGGAGUGAGCAAACCAAGCUCUGGCCAAGUUUCUUUGGAGGACCAGAUGUUGGGCAUUAUCUACCCGGAGGCUUUGCAUGAAGAUGACAUCAGGCUUUUCCUGGGAACGGGUGUCAGUGUGCUCAUAUUAUCGGUGGUUCUUGUAAUUCUGAUGUUUAAAAAAUCAGCUAGAAAAAGAAUUAAGGCAGCAGUGGCACUGGUUUUGCCAAAAUGGCUGCUUGAAGAUUUCCCCCACAUGGAAAACAGCAAGGUGAUAAAGUCCUUCCAGGAGAAGAGUGAAUUCACAAACAGCAUUUUCAGUGAGCCGUUCCUGGAUAACAGUGACCCCACAAUUACGGAAAUAAAGGAGCUGUCAGGGGACAAGAAAUACAAGAACGUGGACAUCAAAAAGGAACCCAGCAAUGUGGUCCCUGAGAACGUGGAGCACCCACAGAGCUCAGCACCUCCCCAUAACACGGCCACGGAGGACGUCAGUGACUACAAACCCCAAAUCUCUGAUGCAAACACACUAGGAUAUGUAGCUGCCAACAUGGGCCUGAUACAGCCCUACACACCAGCUCCAGAACCAGAGACAAAUAUUUUCUUCCGAGACUACAGCAGCCCUUUUAGCUGCCUGUGGGAUGCUGAAGGAGCAGGGGCCCAGGUGUGCCUGCUGGACAAGAUCAACCUGGUUUUAAACAACGACAGAAGUGGACAAAACCACGCAUUCAGCUCCGCCCAGGAGGAACAAAAUGCCCUUUUGGAAAACCAGUGGGAAAAAACACUGUACAGUGAAGGAGUUCAGGAACAAACCUUGGUUCCAGAUGAGCUGGUUUCUUGCUUAAGGGCAAUGAAUGGAGGAUCUGUGGAUAUACAGACCUGCUUUCCCCAGAGCAUCGGAAGAUUGUUUUGAGUGAAAUUGUGAUGAGAAGCCCACAAACUUGUGACAAUAUGAUGGUGACACAUAUCUGCUUUUGAGAUCUCAAACAUCAGAGCUGGAACAAAACUCCAAAUCUGAAACUCUUCCCCUUAACUGACUACAGAUAGCUUUGGAUGCAUGGAACGCCUUGGCCAGUAAAACAUCAUUUAAUUUUACCUCAUGUUUUUACAAACACAAAAAUGUGAGCUUAGAUUCCUGUAGGAGCUGAAAUAUAAAGCAGGUGAUUCUUACA